AUGGUGAGACAGCCAAUCCUGCCAGCGCUUGUUCAGAGCUGCUGGCUAGCCGGCCUAGCUGGUGGGGAGGUAGAUGCGCGUGGGAAGGAAGAAGUGGCGUUUGACAACACGGGCUUACGCGAUGUUUGCAAAGCUAUAGAGCGGCUGAUACGAAAAGCGUUUGAUAGCAGCCAAGCUGAGGUGGUCAGCAGACUUGCACUGGAGAUGAUUGAGCGACGUGAGGCAGGCGCAGAAUCAAACAAGCGGCCCUUCUACGCUAGGCAUCAAGUUAGUACCAUCAAAAAGUACAGCCAGAAGCUGGUGAGCGUCCUCUGCUACCUGUGGCGCACCUAUGACCAGGUUGAGCAGCCGCCAUACCAACUUACCAGCACGCAAGACGCCCUCUUGUGGUCACUCCAGCAAAUAGCCCGCUCAGACGACGCUGCGAAGAAGGAGAAACUGGAAGAGCGAUGCCUGCGCUUUUGGAUUGCCUUGCUUGACCACAGCCUGACAGGCAACAAGCACGAGAGCGCACUGCUGAGCAGAGUGGCUGUCCUCGGCCUCAAGCCUGAUCACUAUGGCGGUGGGUGGGUUCCAGCGCACGAGUUCUCGCCAACGCUGUCCACUUUGAUCACUACCUCGAAAACGCUCGUAGUGCAUUGUGCCUGCUGCCAGCGAGAUAAAGCGCUUCAGAAGGACCCUGUUACAGCCCCUACUGCGUAUGAGCUAGUUAAAGACAUGUUAGAACAGUUUAUGACGCUGUCCAACUUCAAAGGCACACCCAGUCCUAUAAAUCAAAUGCUCUGCUUGCGUACGCUGGCUAGAGCACAGGCAAGGCAACGUAAUACUCCUAGUAUCGUGUUGUGGGACAGAGACCAACUUCUCAUUGACAAGCAGAGCUUUUCGCUAGCCAAUCUCCAGUUGAUGGUGAAGGGACUCUGCAAGACAGUGCGGUUGCAGCUAUUUAAGGACGUCCUACUCUUGGAUCUAGACGAAAGGGGUUGCGUGUGA